GACUAGCAAACAAAGUGGUCUAAUUCAAUGGGUCAACUCAAUCUGCUUGGCUUGUGCCUCAAAGAUAAGUCUCUUCAGGAUGGCCAUGGAACCCCAAAACUCUUUGCUAACUUGAGAGAGUAUAAAAUGUUGCGAAGACUAAAUAGAGAACUAGAGAUGCUCUUCUAUAGGACCAAUAAGCAGGUCUCUGCUGAGUUGAAAGACUUGGUGUUCAAAACGUUCUGGGAAAAACUACGUUCCAACAGCAAUGGGUUUUCCGAAGAGUACGACAAAUACAUAACAAAUGGAACUGUAACUGUGGAAACUUAUCAAAGCAUUAUCAUCUGGCACAUUGCCACAGAUCUCUGCUUUUACACAGAUAGUGGUAUGAACGAGCCUAAUUUAAGUCGGAAAGUGAUGAGCAAGGAUGUUUCAGAUUACAUGAUGUAUAUUCUUGCGAUGUGUCCUCUUGCAUUCUCAACAGGAAAUGCGAAAGUCGGUUUUGAAUCCACUCGCGUAAAUGUUGAAAUAUAUUUUCUUCUGAGAAAUCUCUCCGGACUGCCUAAAGACCAAGUUUGUGAAAAAAUGAUAUCAGGAUAUAAAGCUAAUGACUUUCUGAAACAAAAGUAUUUGUCGAGAGAACAAAAGUAUUUGUCGAUAGAAUCUCUGUUACCUUCAGCAAUUCAACUAGCAAAAGAGCUAAAUCAGAAGAAUGGAAAGUGGGAGAUAUUAAGUUUUGGGUAGAAAACCUAGCUUAUGUUGCAACUCUUUGUCAAGGAAAUAAUCAUGCUCAACUACUCAGAAAAGGUGGGGAAUUUCUUACGCACGUCUGGCUUUUGAUAGAACAUUUCAACCUCACAGAAAGUUUUCAAAAGUCACGAACAAGACCAC